CUGAAAGAACACAAGCCCGGUCAGUGUGAGAGGAGCGCACUCAGGAGAAGAGCGGGAGAGACACCGCUUCCAGUGACAGCCGAGUUUCUGUGCCCCGCUUCGGCUUUCUGCGCCCUACCUUCUCUUCAUGAUUUUUUAAAGAUUAUUAUGACUUUCUAUUUUAAUGCUGUCCUCCUCAACCUGGGGCUGUUUUUGCGUACGAAGAUGUUUGACGCCUUAUAAACAUCCUGUCUUCUGGGCGUUUCGUUUUUGACUUCGACACCUACGCUUUUUUUGAGUGUGUGUGUGUGUGUCAGUGCUUAUGCAUGUUUGCACCGGUCUUCUCUAAGAACUCUUUUUUUUUUUCUCCUCCUCAGCACCGUGGAAUGUGCAGCUUAUGUCACUGAGAGUCAGUAAUUUCGCUUCGACUGGUACUAAUUACUCGCUCUCCCCUCGAGGUCCUUGCGGGUUCUCCUUUUUCCCCCUCGGCCUCGGCGCUGCGCCUGUGAAAGUGAGGAGAGGCAGUCGCGGGAGGAAGUGCGCGUGUGAGUGUGUGGUGCGUGUGUGUGUGUGUGUAUGUGUGUGUAUGUGCGUAACUGAGGUGGAGAAGAAGUGAAGAAGAGAAACUGAGGUCUCCCCGCGUUUACUGCCUGCUGGAAGGAGGUCGCCGGGCUUCCCCCCUCGAUGAAGAGCAGAGAGAAGAUGCACCUGCGAAUGAGCCAGUCCUGUUCCUCCGGCUCUCUCUGAGGGGUUCUGCACGCAAAGCACCGACACAAAAGUACAGCCCCACUCUACGUGCUCUCCAGGCCACAGAACAGAUUGGAUGGUUUAGGCAUAAUGACAGCAGAGGACUCCGCCACUAACCCUGCCGCCAUGAGCACACCGAACUCCAGCUCCCAGCCCGCCUGCCACCCCCGCCACACCCCCGCCGCCGUGCCCGAGGGGGUGGCUGGAGCCCCCAACGAGGGCGCCCUGGUGGCGCUGAUGGAGCGCACGGGCUACGGCAUGGUCCAGGAGAACGGCCAGCGCAAGUACGGCCCGCCGCCCGGGUGGGAGGGGCCCGCCCCGCCGCGGGGCUGCGAGAUCUUCGUGGGCAAGAUCCCGCGCGACGUCUACGAGGACGAGCUGGUGCCCGUGUUCGAGUCGGUGGGCCGCAUCUACGAGAUGCGCCUGAUGAUGGACUUCGACGGGAAGAACCGGGGCUACGCCUUCGUCAUGUACACGCAGAAGCACGAGGCCAAGCGGGCCGUGCGGGAGCUCAACAACUACGAGGUGCGCCCGGGCCGGCUGCUCGGCGUCUGCAGCAGCGUGGACAACUGCCGGCUGUUCAUCGGCGGCAUCCCCAAGACCAAGAAGCGCGAGGAGAUCCUGGAGGAGGUCUCCAAGGUGACAGAGGGCGUGCUGGACGUCAUCGUCUACGCCAGUGCCGCCGACAAGAUGAAGAACCGCGGCUUCGCCUUCGUGGAGUACGAGAGCCACCGGGCGGCCGCCAUGGCCCGCCGCAAGCUGAUGCCAGGCCGCAUCCAGCUGUGGGGCCACCAGAUCGCCGUGGACUGGGCCGAGCCCGAGAUCGACGUGGACGAGGACGUGAUGGAGACGGUCAAGAUCCUGUACGUGCGCAACCUGAUGAUCGAGACGUCGGAGGAGACGCUGCGGCGCAUCUUCGGCCAGUUCAACCCGGGCUGCGUGGAGCGCGUCAAGAAGAUCCGCGACUACGCCUUCGUGCACUUCGCCACCCGCGGCGACGCCGUGCUCGCCAUGGACAACCUCAAUGGCACCGAGGUGGAGGGAUCCUGCAUCGAGGUGACGCUGGCCAAGCCCGUCGACAAGGAGCAGUACACCCGCUACCAGAAGGCCACGAAGGGGGCCACGUCCACCCCGGAGACCCCCCAGACCAACUACGUUUACCAGUGUGACCCCUACACCCUCACCUACUACGGGUACCCCUACAACGCCCUGAUAGGACCCAAUAGAGACUACUUCAUCAAAGCAGGUACUGUAAGAGGGCGUGGCCGGGCGGCCUCUGGAAACAGGGCCGCGGGGCCCCGAGGCUCUUACCUGGGGGGAUAUUCAGCCGGGCGUGGCAUCUACAGCAGAUACCAUGAGGGCAAAACCAAGCAGCAGGACAAACCGUACGAGCUGGUGCCCAGCCUGGAGCUGGCAGCCGUCAACCCAGUGGGCAUCAAGCCGGCCACAAGUCAGUUGACCCUCCCCACCCUGGGGGCACAGUACCCCAUGUUCUCCAGCGCCCCCGCUGCUAAACUGAUGGAGGACGGGAAGAUCCACGCGGUCGAGCACCUCAUCAACCCCGUGGCCAUCCAGCACGACCCCGUGGGAGCCCCCGCCGCCGCCGCCGCCACCGUCCUGCCCGCUGUCUCCACCCCGCCCCCUUUCCAGGGUCGCCCCAUCACCCCGGUGUAUGCCAUGGCUCACAACGUCCAGCGCAUCCCGACGGCGGCCACCAGCCUGUACGGGGCCAGCUACGGGGCCAGCUACGUACCCAUCGCCGCGCCCGCCACCGCCACCCUGGCGGCCCUGCAGAAGAACGCCGCCGUGGCGGCCGCUGCCUACGGGGGCUAUGCCGGAUACAUGCCUCAGGCCUUCCCCGCCGCCACCUUCCAGGUGCCUAUUCACGACAUCUACCAGACCUACUGAAGGAGCACACCCUCCCACACCCGCCCGCUGCUGCCCGGGCGAAAGAAACAAUGAAGGAACACUCAAAUAUUUAUGAAGAGCGAAGUUCAUUUUUGACAUUUUCUUGAGACUUUGUAUCCAAGGUUAUUAUGAAAGUACAAAGAACUUCACAAGAUACACAUAUAUGAAUAAACACACACAA